UUCUAGUGUAAAAUCGCCAUCGUCGCAUCGGGUCAUUCGCGAACUUUCCUCGUCCCUCGACAUGGUUACCACGGACGACAUCUCCACGAAGCUCGAAGCCGCCUUCCAAGCCACAUUCGUCCAAGUCGAAGACAACUCGGACGGAUGCGGCAACAAGUUCAGCGUCAUCGUCGUCAGCAAUGCAUUCGAAGGCCAGGGAUUGCUGCAGCGUCAGCGAGCCGUGAACGAAGUGUUGAAGGACGAGAUGGCAACGAUUCACGCGCUACAAAUGAAGACGUGGACGCCGGCGCAGUUCGAGCAGAAGAAGAGCCAGCCAUCGGGGGAAAACUAGCCACGACGUCGUCCUCCUUGCUGAUGUGUGGUUCAUGUACCAUUCGUUGCCUUCAUUUGCGAUGAAGAUCCCAUAGAUAUCCCCCGAUUUCUCGCUCGCUCGCUGGCUCCUACGAUUAAUAUAUAUAUAUGUACUACAUGGACAUGAUCUAACUGUAGUUAAGCAGUCCACAACGUUGGCGGCUUGGACUUUCGUG